AAAGAGAAUAUAAGAAGUAGAUCUUCGCAGCAGCAUCUCACAGUCCUCCUCAACGAUCCUGAUCACACUCAAGAGUCUUAAACGAAGACACUAUCAUUCAACAUGAGAUCCCUCAUUUUGCUGGCAUUUUUCAUUGGAGCGGCCUACUGCGCCCCGCAAAUGUUGUAUUAUGAGGUAGAGUAUAAACCUGGCAUGGCUCCACAGGCUCUCCCUGCCGCACCUGCUGCAGCUAGACAGCACUCUGAAGUGGAGAUUCUUUUGGCAGCUCAACAGGCUGCAGCUGGAGCUCCCGCUCAACCCGUCCGUGGCUUCAUUAAACAUGAGAUUCCCCAGCCCCCAGGCAGAGAAAGUAUUGAAGUUCUAUAUCCCUUUGACUUUAACCAAGCUGUCCCAGCUGCCCCUGCUGCUCCAGCUGUCCCAGUGGCUCCCGCUUUACCUGCUGCCCCGGCUGCUGUUCCAAAGGAUGAUGAUGAUGAUGAACAAGAUGACUAAAUCAGAUAAAUGGAUAAGCUGACCACCCCUGCCUGACAGACAAUGAAGCUGCUUGUAGUGUUUAGGAAACUUGCUGCUUAAAUUCUUUUCUCCAUUUAAAACAGUGAUUAUGAAUCACAUGGUGCUGUUUCAGUGGCUUGAUGCAUGAGAGACAAACAGAAUUCAUAAGCUUUAUUGCAAACAUGUUUUUAAGGUUGAUUUAUAAUAAACAGAACAAUCAA